AUGAACUGCGGCACCGGCGCGGCGCUGGGGCAGCAGCUCGCGAAGGAUGCAUUUCACAUGCACGGCGGCGUCGGGGUGGGCCCCACCGGCAACCCCGAGCAGGACGCCCUCAUGAGCGAGAUGCUGCGGGAUCAGUCGCCGACGGGGCACGCGGGCGACUGGGGGCAUCAGUUCGCCGCGCAGCAGCAGCAGCACCACCACCACCACCACCACCCACAGCAGAUGGCAGUGCAGCGUCAGCAGAAUGAGAACUUCAUGCUUCGGCAGCAGCAGGAGAUGGAGGAGGCGUUCCGUGCCGUCUCCGCGACGCACCCUCAGCAGCAGCCACUUCCGCAUCAUCACCUUCACGCGCCUGGGAUGUUUCAGCCGGCGCUGAUGGGGCCCCACAUGAUGGGACCGAUGAUGCACGGGGCUGGAAUGGGCGCCUUCAUGGGCGCAGCGCCGCCGACGAUGGCGUACGCCCCAACGGCAUUCGCGGGAAACGCAGUCGCCACGGCGAGUGCAACCAACGCGGCGAAGGCGCAGGAGGCCACCGCAGAAAGCACCACAACAGAGCAGCAGCAGCAGCAGCAGGGCGACAGUGCGUGGGUUGAAAAGUUGCGGGGCGCGGAGUGGGGGCAGGACUACAGUGAGGCGCAGGUCUUUACCCUCGAGGGUCAGUCGCAGCAAACGAUGGAGGAGCACGCCCGCAACUCGGAGUUCUACAAGUUUAUGGACCAGAUCCGCACAAAGGAGCUGCUCAUCGACGAGGAGACGGGGCAGGUGGUGCAGGGCCCCGGGCCAGACCCGGACGUGCCCGAGGACACGGCGUACCUGAAGGAGUGGGCCACCGCGGAGGCGCUGGGGCUCCCGCCGGGCGUCUUUGAGCCGAUGACGCAGCGCCAGCAGGGACCCGGCCAGCAGCAGGAGGGUCGCCCGCACGACGGCAGCGAGGAGGCCAUGAUGGACGAAUUCGCCUCCGACCCCGCCGCCGACCUGGAAGAGUGGGCGCAGGAGUACGCGGAGAUGCAGGAGCGCAUCGAGCGCGCCCAGAACAACACGGACUACCCCUUUGAGCCCAACAACCCGUACAUGUACCACGACGCGCCGAUGGAGGAGGGGCUCGCCAUGCUGCAACUGGCAAACCUGGCGGAGGCCGCGCUUGCCUUUGAGGCGGUGUGCCAAAAGGAGCCGGAACACGUCGAGGCCUGGCGGCUGCUUGGCAAGACACAGGCGGAGAACGAGAAGGACGGCCUUGCCAUCAUCGCGCUGAACCACGCCCGCAUGCUGAAUCCAAACGACAUCGCCGUUCACGCGGCACUUGCCGUGUCGCACACCAACGAGCACAACGUGCAGGCGGCGCUGCAGGCUCUGCGUGCCUGGCUGCUGUGCCAGCCGCAGUACGAGUCACUCGGCUCGGUGCCGCUGCAGCAGGAGGAGGAGCCGGACGGAGAGCAGGACACGAUGGAAGAAGACAGCUACUUCUACGCCGCCCCAAGCGAGUACCGCGACUGCCGCACCCUGUUGAACGCCGCGGUGGAGAUGAACCCCAACGACCCGCAGCUGCACGCCAGUCUCGGGGUGCUGUACAAUCUCUCGCACCGCUUUGAGGAGGCCGCCGCGAACUUCCGCCGCGCCGUCGAGUUGACCCCGGAAGACCCGCAGAUGUGGAACAGGCUCGGCGCGACGCUCGCCAACGGCAACAAACCGCAGGAGGCCCUCGAGGCGUACGACCGGGCGCUUGACAUCAACCCGGGCUACGUGCGCGCGAUGUACAACAUGGCGGUGUCGUACUCCAACUUGGCGCAGUACCCGCUCGCCGCGAAGGAAAUCACGCGGGCCAUCGCUCUGCAGGCCGGAGGCACAAACCCGCAGGGCGAGGGCUCUCGCAUGGCAACCCGCGGCCUCUGGGACCUCCUGCGCAUGACGCUGAACCUCAUGGACCGCACCGACCUCGUUGAGCUCUCGUGGCAGCAGGACGUGAAACCCUUCUUGAGGGAGUUUGGGCUGGAGAACAUGGAGUUCUGA